AUGGCACUAUCGGCUCAAUCGGACGAGUCGUAUAGAAUCAUUCGGUUCUUAGCGUGCCGUUUUCAGUGGUUUUCACAUUUCAUCAACGGAAAGAAUAUUCGAGUUCCUUCCAAGCACAUUCCCGCUGGCAUCUACAUAUCCGUCAAAGUCGACUCCCAGAGGCGCCGGAAAUCAGCCAUCAGUGUCUUAUCAUCUAAUAAAUCUGUAGCGUGGGGGAAUACUAUGACUUUAACAUCACACUCCUUGCCUGCGUUGUCAGUGGAGAUCAGGGCAUCCUAUGAGCUUGGUCGAAUGGUUAGCGGUGGUGAGGUCGUUGGAGGCCUUCAAAUGCCAUGGAACGAGCUACUCGAUCAUGGAGAUGAGCCAUUUGAUUUAUCCUUCCCACCCGUGCACGGUGUCCACCCUUCCCUCAAACUGAAGGCCGCCAUUGUACAUGCUUGCGAUCAUCAGGACGACGCACUGUUCGAUUCCCUCUUAGACUGCGAGAUUCCUCGAGACACAGAUGCGGGCCACGUACAAGUUGCUGCUUACAUGACGAGCAAGAUAGUUUCUCACCUGAACGACGCUGUAGAGCACUUUCAGUUGGUUCUGGACCAGUGUCCGGUCAGCCAUCCAGAUCAUGCAACGGCUCUCACCAACCUUGCAUGGGCCCGCCUCAAAGGCUACAUCCGAAAUGAUCUUCAGGACAUCGAUGCCACCACUUCCCUCUCCCGCGACGCCCUUGCAUUGCGUCCACAGCCCCAUCCAGAUCAUCCGUUACCAUUAUCUCUAUAUAAUCUCACCGAAGUGCUGACUUGGCGCCACAACAAGAAAAGUACUGCUGCCGACAUCUGCGAAGCCGCCCAACUCUAUCAUGAACUACUGCCUCUCUGUCCAGAGGGCACCUACCUUUGUAGCAUCGCAGCAGGGAAGAAUGGUGUUGAUUAUACGCAUCCGAUGAAAACAUCCAUCUUCGAUGAGUCGUCCUCGAGCUCUGUCCUCUGGGCCAUCAACUCCGUCCCAGAGCCCUCGACAUGCUUGCACACGCAGUUGAAGGACAUUUCAAUCAGCACGGCAACAUCGAUGAUCUUGACACGAGCAUACAGCUUUGUCGUGAAGCCGCAUCUCUGCCCCGAGGGACAUACUGUCCAUACUGCCUACCUGGACAACUUGGCCGUCUCACUCAUGUCCCCCCGCUACAAUCAUCAAGGCAAACCUAAUGACCUCAAUGAGGCCAUCUCUUUGCACGAAGAAGCACUGCGCCUGCGCCCUGUUGGGCACAAAUAUCGCACUGACGUUGCGCCCACUGGGCAUCCACCUCACGACACCACGCUUAACAACCUUGCCCUCGCGCUCAAUACCAGAUAUAACGAAUCACACGUUAGCGAGGGUCUUAACGAGGCCAUUGAUUUGUAUCGCGAAUUCCUUCGGUUAAAGCGGCUUGACCAUCCAGGGCGCCGCGCAACUCUUAUCAAUCUGAGCUCGGUGCUCUGCUCUCGUUUCACGCAAACUCAGAAGAAUGAAGAUGUCGAGGAGGCCAUCACUCUCUGCAAACAAUCAUUAAAGGCUUUGCAUUUACCACAGCCAGACAGAUACUACUCAUAUUUCAGGCUACAGGAAGCCUCGUUACCAGAUUCUACACGACCGAUGACACAAUCAUCGUUCACCUCGCAGCGUGAGGCUACAACCGCCUUUUGUGGUGCACGGUCACUUCCUGUAGAUGUAACCUCAUGUGUCAUACGUCGUGACAAUCUACGACGGGCAGUUGAGCUUGUGGAGCAGGGCCGUGGCCAGCAGUGGUCACUGGCAUCUCGACUCAGGACUCCAGUUGAAGACCUCGAGUCAGCACAUCCGACACUGGCGUGCGAUUAUUUGCAGCUGAGCAAGCGCGUUUCCAAUGCUGCCCAGAGUUCUGUAACUGUCACCGACAGGGCUGCUGCUGAUCGGCUCCCACCUUCGUACAAGCGGCAGCGCGCCAGGGCCCAGUCAUCAUCCUCAUUGCGAGUCAAUGCUUGUGCAGCAUUGUCCCGACAUCAGCAGACCUCCAUCAUUUCUGAAGAUUCUCAAGGAUUGCUUCACCAGGGCAAUAUGAGGAGAGUCGAGGACGGAUCUCAUAGUGCUCUUGCGGAUAAUAUAGGACCAGAUCAUGCUACCCAUCGUCAACCUUUCACGUCCAUUCCUCUCCAUGCAGCUCAUCCGUUUCAAACAAAGGCAUAUCGUUCUGGGAAGCAGCCAUGCCUGGAGGAUCCCCACAUCUGCUCUUACACGCCGACACUUUCGGCUCUGAUCAGAUCUAGACAGUUGAUGAAGAAGCGCAUGCCUCCGUCCUUUGUGGCGAUCGGACAGGGUCAAACGGGUGCAGGGAAAUGCAAGACACUCUUGGCUGUCGACAGCGAGCUCGAGCCUGUCCAUAAGCUCGUCCCUGCGACAGCCAACCGCACCACUAUUUCUGGCGGAGCAGCCACACAAGGAGGUGCACUCGAAGCUUUGCAGUAGAACACCUGGGUGCACCUUGCUUGUCAUGGGAAGCAGGAUCCUA